AUAUGGCCUCAAUUUCAACGAAACUGUGUGGAUCAAUACGAUUUAAAAAUAAUAAUGGUGUUUAUGGUGGUAUCAUUAACCAAUACAUGUGUAGAGCUGACUUUGUGCAGAGGCUCAACCACUCUCAUUUUAUCAAUUGCACCUUCCAAAUCCUUAUCCUUCCACCACCUACCGCCGUUUCAGACCUUCCACCACCACCACCACCACCACAAUCAUAUUUCAACCAAGUCAUGGCAGCUUAUGGUGCAGCAACUUCUCUCAAGAUUACGAUUCACCGUAUUCUACAAUCCUCUCGCCUUUUCCUUGUUUCCCCCUCUCUGCAUAUCUUACUACCUGCCUACGAAGAGAUGGAUCGAUUGCAGAAAGUUCUGCUCAAAUUGGACGACACCAGCUGCAGCAAGAUCAGGACGAAGGUGAAUGAUGUGGAUGAACGAAUCAAAGAGGCAGUUUGGGAGUUUGAAGAUUUACUCGAAUCCCAUGUCUUACAUCAGAUUCUUCCACACCUCGAAAGCGAGAGAGAUCGCUUGUCUUUCUCUGUAGAUCUGCAGAGUCUGCUACACCAUGUUUAUUGCUUCGUCUUGACAGUGAGGAUGAUAACGGUGGAGUACCUCAUUGAAAUGGAGAAUAUGGCUGAAGAAGAAGGCGAGCCUAUUUCCUCAAGAAUUGAUUUUGGUGUAAUCAAGUCAAAGAUGGUUGGAUUAUCUGAUGAAUUUGAGAAAGCGAGAGAUUAUCUUCUUGAUGAAAAUAGCGAGAAUUGCUAUUCGCUUAUUGGGAUGGCGGGCGUUGGAAAGACAACUCUUGCUAUGCAUAUUUUCGGAGAUCCAUCAAUUCAGAGCCAUUUUGAGUUUCAAGCAUGGGUCAGAGUGGGCAGGAAGUGCGAAUCUGAUGAGCUAUUGAGAUGCAUUCUAGCUCAAGCGGAUCCCAACGCGUACGAAAUGCUUAACCAAGGAGAUGAUGAUGAGAAAUUAGUUGGAAUUUUGAAAGAGAGAUUGAAGGAUAAGAAAUGUCUCGUCGUGUUGGAUGAUGUUUGGGAGAUAGAAGUAACAAAUCGCUUGACAAGUUGCUUGCAAGAAAAUAAUAUUGGUGGAAGGAUUCGAUUCUUACUUACAAGUCGACAAGAAAUUGUAUACACGGAGGAUGGAUAUGGAAGAGUACGCUUAUUGAAUGAGGAAGAAAGUAAGAAACUACUUGGUGAAAAAGUGUUUGGUGAAGAGGGUGUUCCUCUUCGACUUAAGGAAUUGGGAGAAAAGAUUGCCAAGAAAUGUGAAGGUCUUCCUCUUAUGAUAGUCACGGUUGCAGAGCUCCUAUCGGAAGCCGACAAGACCCCAGAAUACUGGACUGAGGUACUCAAACGACGUAGUUCAGUCUUCGUGGAAGCAUAUAAUCAAAUAUCAGAGGUACUUUUCCCAAGUUAUGAUUACUUACCUCAACAGUUAAAAAUGUUUUUUCUCUAUAUGGGAGCUUUCCGUCCAUAUGUUGAUAUUCGUCCAAUCAUGAUCAAUAAUCUGUUGAGUGCUGAGGAGUUUCUUGAACCGAUUGGAGAAGAAAGUUUUGAAGAUUUUUCCGAGACAUGGUUGGAAAAUCUUUCUAUGUGGCAUCAUCUUAUUCUCUACUCAUCAGAUAUUUUGUUAUCAGUUAAAAAGUAUCGCGUGCAUUCUUGCUGGCAGCACUUGUGUAAGGAAGAAGCUAGUAGGAUCAAGUUUCUGCAUGUCUUACAAAGUUGUGAUGAUGUUAUAGAAGACCAGCGCCGCUUGUGUGCCCAUUGGAGCAGUUUAUUCUGCUUCAAACAAGUUUGUGAUUCGAUAAAAAGUGAUUGUGCAUCCAAUGUCCGUUCUCUCCUUUGUUAUGGUCCUUAUCACCCAUAUCCAGUGCCAAUACAUGCCAUGGGUUUCAAGUUGCUCAGGGUACUAUAUGCUCUUGAGGUCCGAUUUUACCAUAUCUCAAUUGAAAUUUUGAAACUAGUUUGUCUCCAAUACCUUGCCAUAACUUGCAAUGGGGAGCUCCCCGCCUCAAUAUCCAACCUUUUUCACCUUCAAUUCUUGAUUAUUGGUAGACAUAUGAACAUUAAAAAGCGUGGAGUCCAGUCAUAUAUGCCCGUGCAAAUUUGGGAUAUGCAAGAACUACAAUAUCUUGAGAUCUUGGGAAGGGACCUACCAACCCCUAACUCUGAUGCUACCUUGAACAAACUCAUCAAACUUUUUGGUGUGAGUGCAAACAGUUGUACAAGGGAAGUUCUCGAAAGAAUUCCUAAUUUAACGAAUUUAGGAAUUGAUGUGGAUUUGAAGCCUUAUGAUGAUAAUGAUGAUGAUGAUGAAAACAACCCAUUAAGUUGCUUAAGUUAUAUAUCACAACUCCAGUAUUUGGUCGCAUUAAACUAUAGGAUCUGGAAUCCCGAGAUAAAGUAUGACUUUAAUACUAUUCCUCUUUCAAUGUUUCCAUCAAGUCUCAGAAUGUUACAUUUGAAUGGUUUUGGUGGGUAUCCUUGGAAGUACAUGAAUGACAUUGGUUCGUUGCUGCCAAAUCUCAGGGCUCUCAUAUUAGGAUGCUAUGCCUUUCGAGGCCCUGAGUGGGAAAUAGAAUCAGGGUGUUUCUUGAAACUUACAGAUCUUUACAUUGAAGACACUGAUUUGGUGCAAUGGAGACCUCAACGUGGAAGCUUCCCAGAGCUUAACAACCUAAGCAUGAAUCAUUGCUACAAAUUACAACAACUCGAUUGGCCCUAUGAUCACUCUUGGAUCACGACUAUUGAAUUAGUCGAGUGCAAUCCUUUAGCCGUCGCUUGUGCUAAUCAAUUAAAAGACAAGUUUGCCUUUGAACUUAUCGUCAAAUCUUCUUUUUGAGCUCAAGUGACUUUGCAACUUGCGUGACGGGUAAAUGAGAGAGCUGAAUAAGGGUUCAGACAUUGUGUUAUCCCAUAAUUUCAAUUGUUAUAUUACCACAUAAUUGUAUGAAUUUAAGGAUUGUGAUUUGCUUUGGAUUUUGUUGAGGAUUAUGAAACAUGAAUGUUGAAUUAUGUAUGAAGUUUGUAAUCGAAAUUGUUGUAAGUUGGAUAUGAUUUGUGUGAAAGCAUUACUUGUUAUUGCAA